CUAUGGUUGUUGAUAGCAACCGGAUGCCUCCCGGGUGUCAAGCGCCCGUCUCUCACAGACAUUAUUUAGCGGUGCGCUUGUCGAGGGCGGUAGCUUUAGCGGCUGCGGCACCAAAAUAUUGCACAGCUGCAUUUGGAGCACUGAUUGCCAAACUUCGAAGAGUGUGGAUUCUUUAAAAAAAAGUGUGCCUGAGAAAGUGCAUUCUCAUUGCUGGCAUAUUUGAGUAAUCUACAUGGCAGUGCUUCAAGAAUAGGAGGAGGCAUGGCGUUCCGCAAGGCAGUGAAGGGAACUGCUGUUGUUGCCAGUGCAAGCUUGUUUGUAUUUUAUGGCCUCACACAACAGGCAGAAUACACAAGAAAAAAGGCCCGAGUAUCGCAUGUUGUGGAGGCAGCUGAACAGGUGAACAUGGUCUACCUGGACGAGCUCCCAUCCAGACAAGCUCAGCUGGUGGCCUUACGCAGCACACAGGAGUUUGAUGUGCUCAUUGUCGGAGGAGGAGCCACGGGCUCAGGUUGUGCCUUAGAUGCAGUCACACGGAAGCUCAAAACUGCCCUUGUGGAGAGAGACGAUUUCUCAUCAGGCACCAGCAGCCGGAGCACCAAGCUCAUUCACGGAGGAGUCCGAUAUCUACAGAAAGCCAUCAUGAAAUUAGAUUAUGAACAGUACAGGAUGGUGAAAGAAGCCCUCCGCGAGCGUUCCAAUUUGCUGGCCAUCGCCCCCCAUCUGUCAGCACCCCUACCCAUAAUGCUUCCAGUAUACAAGUGGUGGCAGCUGCCAUAUUACUGGGCGGGGAUCAAGAUCUAUGACCUGGUGGCCGGGGGCCAGUGCUUGAAGAGCAGCUAUGUCCUAAGCAAGAACAAGGCACUUGAACUCUUUCCCAUGCUCAAGAAAGACAAGCUGGUGGGAGCCAUUGUCUAUUACGAUGGACAACACAACGAUGCUCGAAUGAACCUCGCCAUCGCCCUCACUGCUGCCAGGUAUGGGGCUGCCAUAGCCAAUUACACUGAAGUGGUGCACCUACUGAAGAGGGCAGACCCUCAAACGGGGAAGGAGAGGGUCUGCGGAGCGCACUGCAGGGACGUGAUCACAGGGCAGGAAUUUGAUGUCAGAGCCAAAUGUGUUAUCAAUGCCACGGGACCUUUUACGGACGCACUGCGGAAAAUGGAUGAUCAGAAGAACCCCAACAUCUGUCAGCCCAGUGCUGGGGUGCACAUCGUCAUCCCAGGCUAUUACAGUCCCGACAACAUGGGGCUCCUGGACCCUGCCACCAGCGACGGCCGCGUCAUCUUCUUCCUGCCCUGGGAGAGGAUGACCAUCGCUGGGACGACAGACACACCCACAGAGAUCACACAGCACCCCAUCCCUGUGGAGGAGGACAUCAACUUCAUCCUGACUGAGGUCCGCAACUACCUCAGUCCUGAUGUGGAAGUGAGAAGAGGAGAUGUCUUGGCAGCCUGGAGUGGCAUCCGUCCUCUAGUCACAGACCCCAACUCCAAGGACACUCAGUCUAUCUGCAGGAACCACAUUGUCAGCAUCAGUGACAGUGGACUAGUUACCAUCGCUGGGGGUAAAUGGACGACGUACCGCUCCAUGGCUGAACACACGCUGGAUGCUGCGGUGAAGGCCCACGGGCUGACGGCAGACUCCAGUCGGACAGUGGGCCUCAUGCUGGAGGGGGCUAAAGACUGGAGCCCAACCAUGUACAUCCGAUUGGUGCAGGACUAUGGCCUAGAGGUGGAGGUGGCCCAACAUCUGGCCUCAACCUAUGGAGGCAGGGCGUACGAAGUGGCCAAGAUAGCCCACGUCACCGGGAAGAGGUGGCCUAUUGUUGGCAAACGUCUUGUAUCGGAAUUUCCUUACAUCGAAAGCGAGGUUCUGUAUGCUGUAAAGGAGUAUGCAUGCACAGCCAUCGAUGUGGUUGCACGACGGACACGGCUGGGUUUCCUGAAUGUACAGGCGGCCGAGGAGGCUCUUCCUCGAAUCGUGGAGCUCAUGGCGAGGGAGCUGAAAUGGAGCGAUCAGAAGAAGAAGGAGGAGUUGGCAGCAGCCAAGCGGUUCCUCUACUAUGAGAUGGGCUACAAGGUCCGAUCUGAACAGCUGACUGACAGCUCUGAGAUCACCCUCUCUCCCCCCGAGGUGGACAGGUACAAGAAAAGGUUCCAUAAAUUUGAUAAAGAAAACAAGGGCUUCAUCACAACUGUGGAUGUUCAAAGAGUAUUAGAGAGCAUCAGUGUGCAGAUUGAUGAAAACACACUCCAUGAAAUCCUGAAUGAAGUUGACCUGAAUAAAAAUGGACAGGUGGAGCUGAAUGAAUUCUUACAGCUGAUGAGUGCAGUGCGGAAAGGCCAGGUGUCUGACAACCGUCUGGCCAUGCUGAUGCAGACUGCUGAGGAGAGUCUGGACCAGAGGGGGCCAGUGUCUGUGGACCGCAGUGGUGGAGGGAUGUGAGCCACAAACUGGACCUGGGUAAGGUGGGACGAGUCUGUUUGGCCUUGCCCCAAAAUUACAUUCAGCUGACAUGGCAGGAGCUGUCAUCAUAGGAACAGGUGAUUGUCAUAUGUUUGUUUGUUUGUUUGUUUUUUGUCAGAAUAGCUCAAAUUAAUUUUUGUGUGUGUCUCUACCACUGAACACAUAAGACGUACUUGAUCAAGAGUUUUGCAGUCAUCCAGAAGUCACUGAUGUAAUGUUGUUGGCAGCUCUACCAAAACACAUGCAUUUAACACUGUGCAUGUACACUGUAUGUGGCUUACAUGCCUCCCACUUCAAAGACAUUCUUCCAUCAUACUUGACUUCUAUUUUUCACCACUGCAUCAGCUGUAAUGUCAGAGUAACUUAUUUUUAUGAAAAUGUUGUUUUAAUAAGAAGUGUUUAUUUGUUUGUAAUAUUUACAUAUUAUUUGUUGGUGGUUUUAUUGUCCGUCUUCAACUUUUAUGCAGAUGCAGUUGGGAAAUCUCCCCACUGAAAGGUGUAGAUGUGGCUAUACGCUGUAGGCUGCAGCUUUCAGUAGGCUAUGCUGAGCACAUUAUUUGCACUGUUUGUGGAAUUUUGCAUUGCUUGUGAAAUAUUUCUGCUGUGUACCGUCCAACUGUGCCAUUUUCUACAAUUUAGAUGCUGAAAAUAUUCCGACAUUUAAAGUCAUUUUUGCUGGAUAUUGUGAUUUUGACUGUACUUUGAGCAAAGUUCUGCAGUUUACAUUCUGAAAUGCAGUGUGACGUCUGUAUGCAAAGCGAGGCGUAAUUGGAAAAUCAUUUGCAUUUUUCAUUCACUGCCAUCAAAAUCGAAACAUUAUCCUUCCCAAAAGGACUGUAAAUGCUAGAUAUUUAUUAGAUUAAUUUAGCCUGCGUCAAAUGAGAUACAAAUCAACAGUAAAUGUGUUUAAAUAUUCUAAAGUAGGUACAUGUGAUUGGUUCCAAGAAAUGUUAUUGUCUUGUGUUUUAUUAAGCUGAAUGGCUUGUUGUAUUUGAUGCUGGCUUUUAAUUUCUGUAUCUGUCUGUGCAGUUGGUGUUUUUAUUACUAUUAAUUUAUUACUUGUGUUUUGUCUGCUUGGCCACUUGCAUUUAUAGAGUAAUAAGGGAAUGUAUUUAAUGUGCCUUGCUUUCAGAUGCAGUGUGAAUUGAGAGCAUGAAUCAAGGGAGUUGAUUAAACCAUACUGUCCCGGGCUUUUAAGUGUGCUUAAUUUCACACUAUCUAUAAAUAAAGCAAUUAUUUUGUUACGCACAUUGUUAAAGUGAAGAUUUCAUAUGUUUGGCUCUGCAGUGACAGUUGUAUAUGAAGGCUGCUUCAAAGACCUAUUGUACAUAUCUAGCUCUCUUCCUGGUUAAUCCACUUCUAAUGCUGACUAUGGGUGCUUUCAUCAAGAAGCGAUUGUCGUUGUUUUGUUAAUAUAAAGCAGAAAUUAUUGGGGAAUUGUUUUUCGAAUGCACUUGUGAAACUGCUAGUCGUAAAGGCAGGGAGUUCUAAUGCAUUUUUUUUUUGUUGGGCUUAAUCUACAGAUUGUUGUGGCUGGCCACGUGGGUAUUACGCAAUGCAAACUCCUCAAAAGAACACAAACACUGAAAUUCUCAAGACUAAGUAUGUGGGAGGGCUUAUCCAAGCGUCUGCUGCCAGCUUUAACACUCGAGGAUACUUGAUGUUGAAUGGAUUUACGCUUUUAUUUCUAAUCUUCAUUGUCUCUCCCUUGCAGUUGGGUAGCGUCUUGUCUUGAUCCCA